UCACACUAACACACAGUAGGGAAUGACAUUUUUCAACUUUUCAUUCAAUCAAUCCAAUACAAUAAUUUCGACAUCGCUGACUCGUAUUCGUGAAGUUUUUUUGAAUAGAAUUGUUCAAUGUGAUUUACAUUUAGAGGUUGCGUGUUUACAAUGUGUCGGUUACAAGGUUAUUUUUCAGUGUAACGCAUAGUAGGCGGGCAGGUAAAGUUGAUGAUGCUCUAAUUACAAGCCGACCGAGACAAAAGGCUUUCGUCCUUCACACAUUAUCGGAGCAUUGUUUGAACAAGUCGUUAUCACGUAGUGCUAGUGAUUAUGGAGCUCUAACAAUAUUUACACUGCAUGUAAGUUACGCCCGGAGACUACUAAUAUAACUUACUUUAAUAUACCUAACACUUGGUGGAGGGUCUUAUCGCUUACUGUAGUUAUAUCACAAGAAGGUAAUUUACAGCGCUUGAUAUGGGUUUAGAAUAGAAUAACCAUGGCUAACUUAAGGAGAACUAGUGCUGGAAGUCGUGGUAAAACAAAGAAAUCAUUGACAGGUAACAGAAGUGGUACAGUGAUGAAAAACAAUAAUAUCAAGUUGAAAAAUGGUGCGAAUAUUCAAAGUUUGCGGGGCUUUACAGUAAGCAGUGGAAUUAACAAAAAUGCCUUACACAUUACCAAAGAAAUUAUGACUAGAAGUGGACGAAUAAUGAGGAAGAGCAAGGACGAUUUAAAAGUCAUGGAUAACAUACUAAAAAGUGAGUUGUUGAUUGAUGAUGACCGAAGAUCAAAAAGCUUACAAAGUUCACCAACAAAUGGAAUCAACAAUAAUGAUAUAGCAAUAAGUAACCAAAAUGAUACUGGAAUGUCUGUGAGUGAUCAUAAUGAAAAUAGCCCCAAAAGAAUAAGUAAAAGAAAAAAUAAUCCACCAUCAGGAACUGACAGUGCUGUCAAUUUUGUUGGUAAAAUAAGAGUGGCAAGGAAUAUUUUCAAGGAGAAUACAGACACUACUAAAAAGAGUCCAAAUAAGGAUAAGACUGGGUCAGACAAUAAGGAUAAUAGUAACUCUAAUAAGAAUAGUUCUAAAAAAAAUAAAGAUGAUAACCCUAAACCAAUGACUCCUAUAGAUGAGGUGCUUAGAGAAGAUGUUAUAAAUAAUAUGAAAAGUGUUCUCUCGCCUCCUGAAGAUGUACCUCCUCCGUUGCCAGAGAGUGACCAAACACAGAUACCGAAAACGAGGGCCCUAAGGCCUAAUACAUAUCGAGUUACAAAGAUAAAAUCAAUGAAUAUUGAUAAAUCAAAGACCAAGCAUGUGACAUUAAGUAACGGAAUAGUGUUAACAUUAUCUUUAGUGGAAUGUGACCACUGCCACAAAACAUACAACAACAAAGCUUCUUUAAGUAGACACAUCAUAAAGCAUAUGGAUUUAAAACCCAAUAAAUGUAAGUUUUGUCCAAGGAAGUUCCGUUACCGUUCCACGUUGAAGAAUCACAUUAAAAGACGUCACGCUACUGGGAAUGCUCUUGAAUUUCAUGUGUGUCAUAUCUGUGACAGGACUUUCCAAUUGUUAGACAAUUUAGAAUUACACUUGGCAACUCACAUAAAAGCGGAAAGCAACCUAAAGUGUAUGUACUGUGAAAAGAAAUUUUCAUACCGUUUACUUCUUCUACAGCAUGAAAAAACUCAUUUGGACACUGGCCGUUUCAAAUGCUACACAUGUGAAAUGACUUAUGAUUCCCGAGCCCAGUUAUCAAAGCAUAUUAAAGUACAUACUAAAGUGAAGGAUUACAUAUGUCAGUAUUGUGGGAAAGAGUUUAUGAAGUUGAAUUCUAUUAAGAGGCAUGUGAGAAUAUGUCAUGGUGGUCAUAGGGUUCAAUGUCCUAUAUGCGGCAAAGAUUUGAAGGGGCAUUUGGCUGAGCACAUGAGGGUUCAUGAACAGAACCGUCCCCACAUGUGUCCUGAUUGUGGACAAAGAUUUACCCAGUCCACACAGUUGAAGGUCCAUCGCCGUUCGCACACCGGUGACCGGCCUUACAUCUGUAGAAUAUGCAACCGUCCAUUUGGCCAUUCAAACGCCCUGAUGCUGCACAUAAGAAGACAUACUGGGGAGAAACCUUUUCCUUGUGCCAUGUGUCCUUUAACCUUCUCCCAACUGCCGCAUAUGAAAGCGCACAUGAGUAAGAUACAUGGUAAGGAUAGUGCUUACAAAUGUCAAAAAUGUGGACAGUUUUUCAAGCUAAAGAAUGAGUUGGAGAAGCAUGCGAAGGUCUGUAUUGUUGGAGCAAAGAAGAUAGCUUCAGAUGAGAUUGUGGCGACAGUCGAGGAGGUCGGGGUCGAGGUCGAGUUCGAGUCGACGACGACCUUAUCCAAGAUGAGAUUCCAGCUAGCCCUCCUUCUGAACAUGAUUGCUUCAAAAGAGAAACUCAAAUAUUUAGGUUUCAAUAAACGUCUCAUAGACGAUCUUCUAGUGGAAUCCCUUGAAGCUAUGGGUCGUGAGCCAUGCAAUGACUUAACCCUAUCGCCGCUAAAGCGUCUCAAAAAGAACAUCGAGUCGCUUCUCGAAGCGACCAUUCCAAAACAUCAAAUGGACAAAUUCAAAAGCGAAAACAAAACUACAGAGGAAUUGCUCACAUUACUGACAGAUGAAAAGAAGAAUGAGUAAAUUUGGGUAGUUAUUAAACAUGAACCGGUUAAAAUUAGCGUAUUACCUAGUUGCCAUUAUUUUUAGCACGCUUAUAUGUACAAGAUGUUGUAUCAUUCGCUGCCAGUAAUGUCUAAGUUUACUUAAGUGUCAUUUCAAUACUUCAAAAUUAAGUUUUUAAGCAUUUAAGUGCUACUAGGCAUUUUAAAUUAUUUAUUUAUUUCACAGUUGGGUGUUGAGGUAGCUUCCCUGGGGCCUUAUUUAUGAAUCGCUCGCUCUCAACU